UUGCCGGAAGUAACUGCGUACACGCGCCGCGAUGCACGCCGGGAGUCGGCCCGGCCGGGAGAGGCGAGAUGGCGGCUCCUGGCAGGAGGAGGCGGCUGAGGCUGCGCGACCACAGCGGCUGCUCGGAGUGGCUGUGAGGUGCGAGCGAGCGAGCUAGGCUUGAGCAGAGAGAGAGAGAUACAAAAUAUAAACAACACGCGGAGCAGAGAGCGGCGUCGGUGGUGGCGCUCUCGUGCCUUGCGAGCAUCCGCAGGAGCGACGAGUAGCAGUGAGGAGCGAGAGGUUUGGCUCUUGCGAGGAAUCUAAUGACUGCUGCAGGGCCGUCUGCUGCUGGGGCCAUCCGAGCGACAGGCGCGCAGCCCUCUGGCUUCUGAGAGUUGUUAGGGGCCUCUUCUCCCAACUCACCUGCUGGCACGUCAGCCCCAUGCGACCAGCAGGUUCUACGAAGUAGAGGAUUUGCCUCGCACACGAUGAGUGCUCUCAGGGAAAGCGCCGUGGAUCCCGGCCUCUCCGAGUCGCGCAAGCGCAAGUCCUCGUCCUCGUCGGAUCCACUCAAGACGAGUGCGAAAUGCACGGCGGAAAAGCUACGUCGCGAGCAGGAAAACAAAUACAUUGAAGAGCUUGCAGAGCUCAUCUCGGCCAACAUCAGCGACAUCGACAACCUCAACGUGAAACCAGACAAGUGCGCCAUCCUCAAGGAGACCGUCAACCAGAUCCGCCAGAUCAAGCGGCAGGAGUUGGAAAAAGUCAUGCCUAGCAGUGAGGAGGUGCAGCAGUCCGAUGUGUCGUCCACUGGGAAAGGAGUGAUUGACAAACACAAGCUGGGACCUCUCCUACUCGAGGCCCUGGACGGAUUCUUCUUCGUGGUCAACCGGGAAGGCAACAUUGUUUUUGUUUCGGAGAAUGUGAGUCAAUACUUGCACUACAAUCAGGAGGAGCUCAUGAACACCAGGGUCUACAACAUCUUGCACCUGGGAGACCACUCGGAGUUCAUCAGGAAUCUUUUACCCAAAUCUCUAGUGAAUGGCGUGCCGUGGCCCAAUGACGUCACUCGCAGAAACUCGCACACCUUCAACUGCCGCAUGCUCGUACGCCCCCCGGACGACUCUGACGACGAAGCCCCCAACUGCCAGGAGGCGCGGCAGAAGUACGAGACGAUGCAGUGCUUUGCCGUCUAUCAGCCCAAGUCCAUUCUGGAGGAGGGAGAGGAUCUGCAGUCAUGCUUGAUUUGUGUGGCACGGCCUAUUCUGACCAAGGACAGAGUGCUGUCCAAACCCACACAUGAAACAUUUACCACCAGGCAAGACCUCAGAGGGAACAUUGUGUUCAUUGACAAAAAUGCCGCGCAAGCGUACAUGAAGCCAGGCUGGGAGGAGGUGGUGCGACGAUGUCUGCACACCUUUUGUCAGACCCGUGACAAUGAAAUGUCACUUGCCAGACGACACAACCAGGAAGUACUGAAGUCUGGCUUUGCUCACAGCCCCUUCUACAAGUUGAUGUUGGCAGAUGGUACAAUCAUCUCUGCCCAGACGAAGAGUCAGAUUCUGCGCAAUCCAGCCACCAACCAGCCACACUUUGUCGUGUCUAUGCAUACCGUCAUUCGGGAACAAGCGGACAUGACGGGUCACAGCAGUGCAAAUUCAAUGGCAGGCCCGACCAUGAUGUCCCCAGCCACUCACAGGGACAUGGCCCAGCAGGGCGGAUCGGGACAGCAGUGCCCUCCCUUUCUGGGAAACGUGAACCCCAUGGGGGAUCAGUUCCAGUUUUCUCGUGUUCCACCCAUGGACCCAGCCAGGUUCGGUUCCGCCGGCAUGCAGGCUAACAGUGUCACAUGCAACCUGGCCAGUCCUGGGAUGGGUGGAGCUGUUCACCAGCAACAGCAGCAACAGCAACAAUAUCAACAACAGCAGCUUCAACAACAACAGCAGCUUCAACAGAAGCAGCAGCUUCAACAGCAACAGCUUCAACAGCAGCAACAGCAGAAACUUCAACAACAACAGCAGCAACUUCAACAACAGCAGCAACUUCAACAACAGCAGCAGCAACUUCAGCAGCAGCAACUUCAGCAGCAGCAACUUCAGCAACAGCAGCUUCAGCACCAGCAGCACCACCAUCAGGGCUUCCUGAUGUCACCGCACCACUGUGGCAGCCCUGUCAUGGUCGGUAGUCCUAGAAUGCCAACCGGAGGGCACUUCUCCCCGGGAUCCACCGCUCAGCAACACCCGAGCUCUAUGUCGCCAGCCACAAGCCACGGCUUUUCGGCGAGCUCUUCCUUGAACGCUCUUCAGGCCCUCAGCGAGGGUGCGUGCGUCCCCUCGGUUCUUUCUCCGCUGUCUUCCCCUCCACCCACUCCGGCCUCUGGUCAUGGCCACAGACUUCCGAGCAGCUCUGGUCAAAACUCACCCGGGCAGCAGCAACGCUUGUCCACGCCACAGACUUCUCCAGCACUGAGACUGCAGAUCAACCAGCAGAGCUCACCAGGCCAGCAGCAGAAGGUACCCAGCUCAUCACAGCAGAGCCCUUCCAAUCAGCAGAGGGGCCCUGGCACCACCCAGUUCCCUCAGCAGAGCUCGCCAACUCCUCAGAGAAUGUCAAGCCCGGGCAUCUCGCAGAGGGUCAGCCACUCCCAGCAAAGUCCUUCGCCUGGUGGACAGAGGUUUGGCAACCCGCAGACAUCACCGGGCCAGCGAUCGGGGAACCCACAGAGCUCACCUAGUCAAAGACUAUCAAAAGCGCAGAAUUCCCCAGGGCCAUGGAUGGUGAACCCAGCCAGCCAGUGCUCCCCUGGGCAGCCAAGAAUACCCCCGACACAGCGGAGGGGCAGCACGGAUGGGAGCAAAGACCCACCGUCGGGACACGUCGACCCUCCCGACGGCUCGUCAGAUAUGUCGGUGGAAGGCAAAGGCGAGACUCAAGCGGGCGACCCGGAUGAGCCGAGCCGGGCGUCGGACAGCAAGAAGCAUACGCAGCUGCUGCAGCUGCUAACUAACGGCGGCUCCGGUGGAGAGCUUGUGAGCACCACAUCGGCGGCUGGAGAUGCUAGCAAGGAGGCUCUGUUUGGGAUUACCUCGCCAACCACAGCAGCGUCCGCUGGCCUCCUGGCGAAUAUGAGUCAGAGUGCAGCGGCGGCGGGACCAUUCUGCCCUGCGGCGACGGCAUCCUCGACAUCUCUAUCCAGCAGCGCCGCCUCGUCUUUAAAGAAGGAGCGACACAAGAUACUCCACAAGCUGCUCCAGGACAGCAGUCCGCCCACGGAGCUGGGCGACAAGCGCUGCUGCGGCGGCGGCGGCGGCGGCGGCGGCGUAGACAAGCCGCCCGCCGAACAGCAGGUCGGAGGCCUCGGCAGUAUCGGCUCGGCGGAGAGCGGCGUGAAGCAGGAGCCCGGCCUGACGUCCCCCGCCACCGCCACUGCUGCCGCUGCGUCCACGCCCUCCGGUUCAAUCCCCGGCGGCGGCGGCGGCGGCGACGGCGACGGCAAGAAGAAGGAGCACGACCACGUGCUCCUGCGGUACCUCUUGGACAAAGACGAGAAGGAGAUGGCUGAGGCCGGGGGUGCUGCGUCACCAUCCCAGCCGGCUCCAAAACAGUUUGGAAGCGAGCGGGAGCAACUGGAGAGCAUUCUUCAAACGCUGGAGGACGCCGGGCUGCAGGUCCCCUUCUCGCGGACCGAGUGGGAGUCGGGGGAUGCCAGCAAAGCACCCGGUCUCACCGAUGCCUUCCCGAUGUCCGCCAACUCCCCCGGCUCGAGGAAAGUGGCACAAGGGUUAAUUGGGUCACCAGGGUUGGCAAAUGUUCGCCUUCCAUUUAGCCGAGAUUCCUCAAUGGAGCUGAAUUUGCCACCCCACGGAGGCAAGGGGUCCGCUCACUUCUCAUCGGGCCAUGCCACCAUGUCAGCGCAGGUAGCUCUGGCCUCAGCUGCAGGCGCGCUCGAUAACCGGAUGAUGCGUGCCGAGGACGCAUGGAGCCAACAGAGCCCCCCUGUGGCCGGCUCGAGCAGCCCCGCACUGUCCCAGCCUGGGCCGGCUUACAGCCCCUUGUCGGCCGGCAUCGUGAGGAACCCCACCCCUCCGCUGGUCAUGCGGCCCAGCAGCCAGCCGACACCCAGGACCAUCCUGCAGCAGCAGCAGCAGCAGCAGCAGUCCAUCAUGAACAUUGGCCCGGUUGAUAUGGACAUGAGCAUGGGCAGUCCACAGUUCCCAGGUGCAUCCAUUGGAGGUGGUCCGCACAGCCCCUGGAUGGACAGUAUGAUGGGCAGCACUCCCCUUGCAAACCACAACAGCCAAGCGUUUGGUUCUCUGGACGAGCUGCUGUGCACGCCGGUCAGACCCGAGUCUCAGAACGAUGAGAAGGCCCUCCUCGAGCAGCUGGACUCGCUGCUCAACAGCACGGAUGAGCAGGAGCUGGCGGAGCUCGAUAAGGCACUGGGCAUCGACAAGCUCGUGCAGAGUGGCACCCUGGCGUUCUCGCAGUCGCUGUUCGUGAGCCAAGAGCACGUGCUGCCAGUCGGCAUGAUGAUGGAGCAAAAGGUGAUGUACGGCCAGCCGUACCCCGGCGGCCAAAUGCAAGGCCCCGGGCCCUCACCUGGCCUUUACGGCCAGGUUCCGGGCCAGCCCUGCGGCCCCUACGGCCCCAUGGGCUCGCAGCGUGGCCUCUACCCUGCCCAGCAGCCGCUCCGCAUGGGCGCCGUGCCAACUAGGCAGGGCAUGGUGGCCAUGGUGAGGCCCCCGCGGGCGAUGGCAUCUGUACAGGCAGCACCACCGCAGCCCAACCAGCUGCGGCUGCAGCUCCAGCAACGCCUGCAGGGCCAGCAGCAAAUCAUCAAUCAGAACCGGCAAGCGAUGAUGAGCCAGUACGGUGUUGCUGCAGCUAUGAACCCGGCAAUGAGGAAUGCUAUGCCCCCACAAUCAGGACAGGGGACGCUGAACGCCCAGAUGGUGGCCCAGCGGCGCCGCGAGCUGCUCAACCAGCAGCUGCGGCAGAAGCAGCUGAUGCAGCGCGCCAUGAUGCUGCGGCAGCAGGGCUUCGGUGUUCCUCCAGGCAGCAUAGCCGGCCCCGCCGGGAGCAUGGCGGGCAUGCAGGGGGGCAUGGGCGGCAUGGGCACGGGCGCUGGCGCCGUGGGGCCUGGCGCCAUCCCGAGCCACGUGGGGGCCCGCGUGCAGCAGCCCCCCAGCUCGCAGCAGUUUGCCUACUCCGCUGCGUACGCCGCGGCCGCGGCGGCAGCGGCGGCCGCGGCCGGCGCGGGGGGUGCCGGCGUGGCGGGCGCCGGGGGGGGAAUGCCUGGCAGCGUGGGGAACCCACAGCCGGUGCCUCCGCCAUCCACGAGCCCCUUCCCUCCGCUGUCGCCGUCGGCCACGCCACAGGCGGGCGGUCACGGCGCUCUGAGAGGGGCGGCCGCGACGCAGGCAGCCCGCGGCAUGAUGGGAAACCCCGGCGGGCAGUACGCGCCCAUCGCCAGCCCACAGAUGGGCCAGAACGUGUUCCAAUUUCCUGCCACAGGAGUGGGUCAGCAAGCAGAGCCUGGCUUCGGAGUUUUGGGCAACCCCCACAGCCCGCUGCUGUCCCCAGCCAUGAGCCCACUCGUCGCUCCCUCUCAGGGGGGCUCCCGCUACUCGCCAAACCCUGACAUGAACGCGUGGCCGCAGACGAUGGCACACAGCAUCAGUCCCAACGUGGCAGCCAACAUGAGAGUCGGCAUGGGAUCCGGCAUGGGCCAGAACAUGGUGCCAAACAUGGCACAGAGCAUAACGGCGAGCAUGGGGCAAAACAUGGCUCAGACAAUGGUUUCCAGCAUGGGCCAAAACAUGGGGCCCGGCAUGUCGCACGGCAUGGGUCCCGGUGUGGGUCACAGCAUGGGUGCCGGAAACAUGGUGCCCAGCUCGGCGUCUGGCAUGGUCAACAGCAUGGCUGGGGCCAUUGGCACAGCGGCUCAGGGAGCCAUGGGCAGCAACAUGGUUGGCGGCAUGGGCUCCAGCAGGGGAGGUCCCUUCCGUCAAGCAUCGCCGCAGCAGUUCAUGCAGCAGCAGCAGCAGCAGCAACAGCAGCAGCAACAGCAGCAGCAGCAGCAGGAAGGUGCCGGAAUGUACGUUGGCUCGGUGAGGGGUACUGGGCCGGGAGACUGCAGCACAUCAAGCGCGAGCAGCAUGGAGCAGCCACCCCCGCACAUCGGCACCUCGUCCAUGAGCAGCACAGCCUCGCUGCCUCCUGAGCAGGUCAUAGAUCGAGGUAUGCAAGCGUCCCCCUUGUUCAGAAGUCGACUGGGGUCUUCUGACGGUAUGAAGUCUGGGAAUGAGAAUUCGCAGCCAUUGCAGCAGGUGCAGGUGUUUGCGGAUGUGCAAUGCACGGUGAACGUGGUGGGCAGUGGCGGAGACUCUUACCUGGGUCAGGCAGGACCGCCGACACCGGGCCAGAAGCAGCAGCAGCCUGGUGCAGGGAAUGUGACGGGGGCCCAGGCUGCUGCUCAGGCUCAAGGAUCCAGCCUCCUGCAGCAGCUGCUAACUGAGUAGCGUUCACCAGGUCCCGGGCCACUGCGCGGCCAUCCCUGUUCUUAUAUGCGGAAUCCCAGCUUUGCAGGUUGUCUCAAUGGAAUUUUCACUCGUAUUUAUUUUCAAAGAUGACCCGGCUCUCACGUAAGACCAGUUGGAUCUUAAAAUGCCUUCAGAAGUGUUAUAUCUUUUAAUCUGUAUGUUUGUCUUCAACUUCAGUGUGAUGGGACACGUGAUAUUACACAAAUCGUACCUUUUUUUUCUGACCGCCAGACUGUAGCUAUAUGUGUAUAGAUUAUUUAACACAGUCUGGUUAUCAGACUUAGUCAAAACCUAAUGAUUAAGUUUGUAGAAACUGAAGUUUGUGAACGAAUGCGAGGGCAAUUUGACAGGAACUGUAAAUAGACAUAAAACACACUUUCCAAUUAUGUAUGUUACGAGAUACCUGUAGCCACUGGCCAUACAGUGAGGGAAAAAAAUAUUUGAUCCCCUGCUGAUUUUGUACGUUUGCCCACUGACAAAGAAAUGAUCAGUCUAUAAUUUUAAUGGUAGGUUUAUUUGAACAGUGAGAGACAGAAUAA